AGUAGAUUGUUCAGGUUCAUGUGGAAACAAUGAAAGAAAAAUCGGUGCAAGUAUUAAAUCAUCAAUUCAAAAAGAUGAACUUACUUUUCUUCAAAGUAAAGGUUCGGUUAAGUCAGAUGAUCUAAAAAUAAGUUCAAAACUCAGUAGUACGGUAUUUAGAGCUAAAGAUGAAGAUAUGGAUUUCAAAUUUUUAAAUGCUACAGUAGAAAAUAAAUUUGGAAUAAAUAAGGAUGGUGUAGAUUGUAUGGAAAAAUUAGGGGUAAGUUUGGUGGAAUUUGAGGGUGCAGGCAUUAAAUCGAAAAUUGGAUUAAAUCUUGAUACAGGAAUGUCAGUCAAUAGUAACACUAUGGAAAUUAAAGUAGAAGGUUUUGGUAUCAAAUUAGGAAAAGAAACAGGUUUUAGUACACCUAUUGGAGAAGUUUCAGUUGACCUUGGUAGAUAUCUCGAUUGACCUAGAAAAAAUGUUUAAUAUUUAGUUUUGUUGUUCACUUAUAUAUAAAAUAUAGUAUCCCGUAUAAUUGUCAUUUUUAUUAAUGGUUAAUUUGUUUUAUUAAAUAAAGGUCAAUGUUACUAUGUUAGUCCCAGUAUCAGUCAUAUGACCACGUUGUUUAUUCAUGUCACAUUAAUACAUCAUAUUUGAAAUCUAUUAGGAGCUUGUAUGCUCGU